AUGCUCUUCGUGGAUCUACUCAACGGAUUGAACAUAAAUUACAAAAGGAGGGUACCCAUAUGUAAAAGACCAACGAGAAGUACAGAAUAUGUCUCAAAUCAGCCUCUGCAUGCGAACCCGAACGUAGAACAAACCUCUUCAAAAAAUGCGGAGGCAUCCAUCAUAACCGACGACCACGAGAGAGAUGAAAACAUUUUGCAACAAUACAUUUAUACCCUAUCCCACUUGACCAUCUUCGAUGUGGAUAGGGAUAAAAGUACGCCCCUAAAUAUUUCCCUACUUUUAAAGGCCUGCCUAGCAUCCCACAAUUACAUCAAAAAUGUAGAGAUCUUCACCUCCGACGUGAAGAACAAAGAAAUUUGCUCCUUCAUUUACGAAAGCAGAAACGACUUUGAUACCUUCUUCAAGAUGCAUGUAAUGAAGUACGUAGACUUUUUUGGAAAUACACAAAUCAUGGAAACGCUAAAAUCGUACAUUGAUAAUGAGGAGGUCUACCAGCGCGAAUUAGAAAUAUUUAACCAAAUCGAAGGAGACACUAAAGUGAGGAAAGAUUUACUAGAAGACAUACUAUUUGAAUGCACACGGCUGAACAAAAUCAUUCAAUACUCCCUUGCAAUUAACAACUUUGAUUUAUUUUCCCCCACAGUCUUGCUAAAAGUAUUUACGUACUUUAAAAAUUAUGGGAUAUAUUACUACAUAUUUGUGAAUAACAUUAAGAGGAUUAAAUAUUAUUACGAAACGAAGGGGCUAGGGGGGGAAGAGAAAAGGAAGAUAGAAAAAAUUGUCGACCAUUAUUUGCUCACUUUGGAUCGGUUUAAUGAUAUGUAUAAGGCUAACCAUGCGAUACCAUGA